AUGGACACGGGAAGAAGGGGCGUCCAGGAGGAUUUCCGCGAUCAGAUGACCAAUGUGGAAGAUGGGGGUGGAGAAUCCCAAGAAAGCGUCCAGCAAACUGGUGCUGGUGUUGCCACGCCGUAAGCAUUAAGAACACUGGAAAAGAGCCCUUAUCCUGUGCUGAAAAACAGUAGUUCAGCAGUUUUGCUCUUCGGGUGUGUCUGCCUCAGCUCCCAUCCGGCGGCUUCAGCUCUACGCCCUCCUCAGACACCACGUUCGGGACCUAGAUGCGAACUCAAACCCUCUCAGCUCUUAAAGGACCAAGUAGGUACCAGACCGGCCAAGUCGCCUAGCCACAGAGCGAGAAAGAUCCAGAACUAGCUCUAUGCAUUCUGGAGGAAGAAACGAACACUAAACAAGCAAGCGGAUUCCCUCCGAACAAAACUGAUCAGCAACCGACCCUAAACGGCGCGAACGCCUGAUUGCCGAAAAAAGGGAGAGAACACCUCCUGCGCAUGCCCGCCGCCGGCUCGCGCGCGGGAGCGAGUCCGGAUGACGUCACCUCCCGGAGUCUACGGAUGACGUCACUCUCUAGCGCCGGCCGGAAGAGGCGCUUGACGGCGCACGUGGGUGGAGGCGCGUUGGGCGGGCACAUGGCGAGUUCUGCGGGGUUGGCGCUGUGCGGGCAUGCGCUGGUGGUGCGGGGCGGCAGCCGGUUUCUGGCUACCUCCACUUCGAGCAGUGAUGACGACAGCCUCUUCAUGUAUGAUUGCAGUGCUGCAGAAAAGAAGUUACAAGAACAUAAAGGGGAGGACGGACAGCCCGUGGAUCAGGGGAGUGACACCGUUCUGGCGUCCACCUUCUCCAAGUCUGGCAGCUAUUUUGUUUUAACUGAUGACAGUAAGCGUCUGAUUCUUUUCCGUACAAACCCAUGGCAAUGUCUGAGUGUCAGGACCGUGGUGAGGAGGUGCACGGCCCUGACCUUCACGGCCUCUGAGGAGAGGAUCCUGGUGGCGGACAAGUCUGGCGAUGUGUAUUCCUUCUCCGUGCUGGAGCCACACGGGGGCGGCAGGCUUGAACUUGGACACCUGUCGAUGCUGCUGGAUGUGGCCGUGAGUCCUGACGACCGCUUUGUCCUCACCGCUGACCGGGACGAGAAGAUCCGGGUGAGCUGGGCCGCAGCUCCGCACAGCAUCGAGUCCUUCUGCCUGGGCCACACCGAGUUCGUGAGCCGCAUCUUCGUGGUGCCCAACCACCCCGAGCUGCUCUUGUCGUCCUCCGGGGACCGCACCCUGAGGCUCUGGGAGUACCGGAGUGGCCGCGAGUUAUACUGUUGUCCCCUGACUAGCCUGCAGGAGCCCGCGGAGCCCUGGAGUGACAAGAGGUUCGCCGUGUCCAGGAUCACUUACUGGAGCCAGGAGGACUGCGUGGCUCUCUCGUGUGACGGGCUGCCCGUGGUCUACAUCUUCCAGCUGGAUGCUGCCCAGCGACAGCUGGUUCCAAGGCAGCUGCUGACUUUCCAGCACCGGGUGUGGGACGCUGCCUUCGAGGAGGGCCAUGGGCUGUGGGUCCUGCAAGACUGCCGGGAGGACCCCCUUGUGUUCUACAGGCCCGUGGGCGGCCAGUGGCAGUCUGUUCCUGAAAGUGCCGAAUUGAAGAGGGUCUCUGCUCACGUUCGCGUGAACUGGGCCAUGUUGGAAGGCUGUGCCGGCGUGGACAGUGGCUUCAGCAGCCUCUACAAGGCCGCCUGCGACAACAUGACCACUUACCUGAAGAAGAAGGAGGAGCGGCUGCAGCAGCAGCUGGAGAAGAAGCGGCGCGGGGCCCCGCCGCCCGGGCCCAGCGGGCCGACCAAGAAGAUGAAGCCCGGGGAGUUGGCGCAGGGCUGCUCGUCCUAGCGCUCGGGGUGCCCCUCGGGGGGCGCAGUGCUGCCCUCUCCCCUCCCACCCGCAGCUCCCUGACUUCCUCGGGCUGGGCGGCGGCGAGGUCCACCCCGGCUCAGCGGACCCCUGGGGCCGUGCCGGGCAGCUGGACGGGACCAUGGGCUGUAGAACAUUCUGUCCCCAAAGCUGUGCCACGGGUCAGCGUCACUGGAGAUGCUGUUCGAGAGUAGUAAGUGCACCCAGCGCCUCCCUUCUCCUUGGAGGGUGGUCGCCCGCGGGCCUGGCGGCAGCUUCCUGCUCGUCCUGCAGCGGGCUUCUGUCGGCAGCCUGGAGGCCGACAUCUUGCCAGCAGCACCGUGGAUGCCUGCGCUGUUGUCCUCUUGCCCUUCUGGAUGGUCUGCCAUGCUGUCCAGCAGGUGGCCCUGUGCCCCAUGGGCUGUUAGCCCAAGAGGAGGGAGUACUGGCUCCCGAUGCUCAGGCCCCGUGGGGCGAGGAGAGCUUGUCGCCAGCGUUGGUGGAGACAGGCUUGUUCACAGACGCGUGAGAACUGGGGUGCCCCGGCUGGACACUCACUCACUCCGCAGGGAGGUGACUGGUGACAUGUACGAUUGAUUUUGAUCUGGACUUUGUGCACUGCAGCAGAGCAGGAAAGCCUGCUGUGUGCUAAUUCCUGAUCAAUAAAGAUGAGUUUUUCUGCAGCUUCUAGAAAAUUGAGCAGCAUCACAUGGAACUGAUUUCAAAAUAUAUUGAGCAGAACUGUGUAU